UUCAUACAUUUCUUGCCUAUUCUUUCAUAAAUAUAUUAUUUGUUUUACUUUAGUAGUAUGACGUACUUUGCAGAUACUACUGAAAAAUUAGAUCAAGCAAGUUGGUGAGAGAUUUAGAGCAAAUUUUAAUUAUAUUAAAUAUCUUUUAUGCCGUCUCUUUUAAAUCGUUUAGUUAACAUUAAUAUAUUAUAGGAUAUGAUACUCCAUUCUUAACUGAGAACGUAGCAACGGCAGAUGAAAAUUCUAUUUUAGGAUUGUUGUCGCCUUGCGUGUGACGUAUUUGGCUCUUUUUACUUGAUUUAGGCCUAGUUGAAUUUGUUGAAUCGUAAUUAUUAUUGUUAUUUUUUUUAAAAAUCCAUUAACCUAUUUAUGAACAGAGUAAAAGCUAUGCAAUCAUUUUAAAAAAGUGUGCUGAGCAGUUUAGGUUUGAGGUCUACACCUUUCCUCUGCUUUGAAAAUGUCAGUGGUCUGUGAGGGAUUUUUCAGAAGGAGAGAGGUAGCGACUGGGCUACAUUUUCCACGGUUCAGUUGAUGACAUCAGCGAGAUGGAGGCGGCCGUUAUUAUCAUUGCUACGGUGGUUUUGAGGACUAGAGGUAUUGAGGUCGUCCUGUCAGUUCUUUUAUUGUGUUUAAUGAAUUUAGUCAACUUUAUUACGGAACAUUUUUUGUGGAUGUGAUUUUAAAUGCUUAUCCAAAAUUAUAUCUGAAAGAAAAAUAAAGAUAUAUACAUAAAAGAAAAGUCUUACAAAGUGACAUAUGGGGGACAGACAUCAAAGCACAUUUUAAAAGAGCAAUUAGCCUGAACAGGAAACUUACAAAGGAAUUUUUACUUGAGCUGGUGUAAAUCAGCAGUGAAAAAAAGUCUGAAAUUUUAGGGGAAAGAGGAAAAUUCCUAGGGUGACCAGAUUACCUUGAGGACCAUGUAUAUAAUGCAAUGAUAACUUACAAAAAUGUUAACUACUGUCAGAAAACCCACUUUAAUAAGGAAUACAGGAUGCCUGUUCUACCUAACAAUGUCAGGCAUAAAUAUUUAGUAACUGACUGAGCUUGGCUGCAGUAUCUCUGGUGUGUUUCUACAUCAUCUGGUAAUUGCAGGAAAAUUAUGAUAUCAUUGUGUCCUGGCUCAACAGACAACUGUGUCAUUUUCUUAACUACUUAAUAAUGAAGUUUUUUUUCAGCCUGUGGUUUCCCUCUCUUGAAAGUGGGGUUCUUCAUAAAGGAUAAGAGGAUUCAGAUAGGCUAAAUGUCACAGUUUUUAUUUUGAAAGCCCUUAUUAAUCUGACCCUUCUUAUUAAGAUGUUUGAUCUUUGCACACAAGGCAUAUCUCUCUAUCUGAAUUAUGCAUACAGAUGAAGCUGAAAUAACAAGGACAAGAGAACAAUGGUCUAGUACUGUUAUUUAUCACUCACUGUGUAACUUUUGAAUUAAAAAAUGAAUAGCCCCGCUGUAGUAUCUUCUAGUUGUUAAGAGAAAUAAUGAAUUACCCAGCCCACAGCUUAACUGUUUUAUUGUGAUUCAUUUUGCUUAGUGGAGCUUUUAUGCAGGUCCUGUCUGGCCAACAUUUUAAUUUUUAUAUUGACUGGCAGAGUCCAGCUGUUGCACUAGGUAAAAACUAGACACAUAGUAGUUGAGGUACUGUCUUGUGUGUAAUCAGUUCAAAAUAAGUGCAAUUCAGGUCAUGGAGUGUAGUGCAGGCCUGCUAAUUCUGCAUUUGUUACAUUUAUUUGUAUUCUCCAGAAAAAAGGUCUACAUGUUGGCUAUUUCCUGGUUGAUCAGCCGUGAAAUGUUAUGCUGCCUGUUCUGUGUGUUAUCCAGCUCUGUUACCAGUCAUAAAUGAGCAGGACCCGAUAAUUGGCACUCACACAACUGGCAUAGACUUAUACUCAAACGCCUUCCCUCAUGUAACCAGCCAGGACCCACUGUGUCACAGGGCCCUAGGGGUUAAACCUCAGAAUUUGAAUGGCAAAAUGUGCUGCCUACAGAGGAAUUUUGGGUGACACUGGGGAAGAGCACAAAAGUGACUGAGGGUACAUUCCUCAUUAGAAUCAGACAGUGUUAAUGAGGAGUAUUGAUGAGAAGAAUGGGAGUUUAGAGAAAUUAAUUUUUUUUUAGUCCAGAUAGAACAAAGAGGUGCCCUCACAAAAGGGAAUAUGGUUUCACGGAGUCAUACUGCCUGUAUCACACAAAAGAAUGAAUGAAUAAUGAAUAAUGACAUGUCUGAACCAAACCAAUGUAUGUAACUGAUUUCCUAAUUGUACAGCAAUUAUUUUAUGCUGUUUUGUUGUAUCUUUAUUCUGACUUGAGCAGGGAGGGUGUGGGUGUGUGUGGGAGUAUAAAUGUGCAUCUGGGAUUGAACUUCAGCAUUUUACCCUUAUGUGUUGAAGUCUGCUGUUGACAGAUGCAGAAGCACAUGUCGCUCUCACACUAUCUGCAUCAGUUGCAAUACUCGUGGCAGAGAUGUUCAUCUAUGACAGAUUGCACUCUUCAGUUGUACCCUUGCCCAAAGGCUCCUCACAAAUAAAAAAGUAAAGUAAGGCACGUAUGUAUUGAGGAAAGAGCACACAAGGCUGAAGCAUAUGCCAUCUAAAGAGGAUGUAAUUGAUUUAAGAUUCAGAACAAAACCUUGUUAAUGAUUAUAUAUGAUCUUUGGUAAAAUAACAAUAGAUUUAAAAGAAAAAAACUAUAAAGGACCCCUUUAACUCAAAACUUGGUAUUACUUGAAAAUAAUAAUUUUUUCGAAAGCAUUUUAAUGGUGACUCAAUCGUUUUUAUUCAGAAAUAUGAAUGAAUCCAUAAUUUCACAAGUCUGAGCUAAAACAAGAGCUGAAUCAAUAUUUAUUUUUGAUACAUAAAACUAGGUGUGUUACCUGAUAGCCACUCAGGUUUUUUUUAGAAGAUUGCUACACCUUUUAUUGUUAGUGUGGGGGGGACUGACAGUAGAAGAGGUCAACAGAAUUUGGAACUUCCUGCUACUCUGAAAAGGUCAAAAGCCAAACUGAAAGGAGGUGCGGUGGCCAAAUGAGCAAGUGAUGAGCUGUUAGAAUCUUUGAAUUUAUUAGGUAGGUGUGGUGACAGGAAUCAGCGAAAUCCAGCGCUGCACGAGCCCCAUUCCGCUCAUAGCCUACAUUUCACAGUAAAUGACUGAGCAACCUCAGGCUUUAACGGGACUUGUCCUGGAUGUUUUGAGCCUUUCAGAUUUUUAUGCCUUUGUAAAGUCCCAAUUAUAUUUUGAAAAGACAAAUGGUAAUAUGUAGCAACGUUGCUGAUGCUAGAAUCCUCUCGUAAACAAAUUUGUUUUUCAGCAACAGCCUCCCACCAGAGUGUCCUAGGAGUGAAGGUUGAAGGGGAUUCUUCAUCCAGGCUCAUGAGAAAUGCUGGAUCCAUCUGCAUUAGGCAGGCUAGACAAUACAUGGCAUGUAUCAUUUCACAGGCCAUUGUUCCUUAGAACAAUAUGUCUGAGUACAUCGAAAAUCAAACCUGGCUUUUUAAUCAGCUUUCAAAUUUUUGCACACCCGAUUACGGAACGUCUAAUGCUGCUUAAAUGAAAUAUUUGCCCUCCUUCUGGAGAAUUCAAAGCUCUUUAAAAUUCCUCCCUGGUAAGUCGCUAGCUGAACAUAUUUUUGUGUGUGGGAGGACUGUACUGCCAGGCAGAAUUUGUUUUGCUCCCUUUUUUUGGACACACAAGGAGACCUUGAUACGACAUGAAUCAACUGCACCUUGUAAAAUAAUCUAGACAACCAAAACAAUCCUCAACAGUAAGAAUAUUAAUAAUCUUUUUAUGUGGGGGGUAAACACCAUUUGAUUGCCUGAGCAUUUCAUUUAUUGUAUUAUAGUGCUCUUAGCAAACAACAACAUAGAUAACAGCACAUUGAUAUAUCACAGAGUAACUGGAGUUCACCAGUUAUUUUUUAUGAAAGUAAUGCAUUGUUUGUGUGUUGCAUGAUAUUGAAACCAUAGGCAUUGUGGAAUCUGCUCUGGGUAUACACAUUUUCAGAUACAGUAUAGUGCCUUUUAAUUUGCCUAAAUACAUAUUUACAACAUUGGCUAUACCAAUCAAGUGAUUCAGGCAUUUUCUUUUGAUUUUCAUAGCCUGUGACCCAUUGAGCUGAGAUCUUCGUCAAGCAAUCGUUGAUAUGUUGUAGGACAGGGGACGUGUUCUGUCUCUCGAGGUUAACACGACGUGUGGCUCGGUGGUCUGUCAAGUGUAAUGGGACUGCGCGCUGUAGGGGGGUGCGCGGAAAUUCUGUGGAUGGUGGAGAGCCCCUUGGGUCCCCCCUCCCCCGCACAUCUGGGCAACCCCUGUCACAAGCAGGUGUCGCCAUGCCUGACAUGACAGCACCCACCGAGGCCUGAGGAAGUGGCAGCAUGUCAUCCACAGACGUGUAGCGAUAAGACUCUUUUAUUUGUAUAUUUAGCUCUUUCCAGAGCUUAAGGUACAAUAUGUCUGAAGAUGGCCAAUCGGUGGGAUGCGUAAAGAAGUGUUUAUUUUGAAGCAUCGGGUGUGUUUUUGCAUGUGUGCUUGGCACAGGGGUUAGGUUUUGUCUUUCACCAUGCAUAAAAAGAUUAAAAGAAGGAAUAUUUAGUCUGACAGAUUCAUUUACAAUGGCGGUCAGGACUAGAAUAGUAUCUGUGAAAAAGCAGUGUCCUCAGCUGAAAGGCUAAAUUUAACAUGGUCAUAUCACAAAUAUCGCUGAGUGGUGGUUCAAAUAAAUUUGCAGCCUUUAUGUAUACAUAGCCUGCAAAAUUCUACAUAUUGUCUACCUUACUGAAAAAGUGGGCUUUUUUGUGGGGUUUCAGGCAACUACAUUCCUGUAUGUUUGAGAGAAAAGUUUCCACACAUGUGACUUCCAGUCCAGUGUCACUUGCUCUGUUUUUACCAGAAACCACAUCAGACGCGGCAUAUACAACAGACAGAGAGAGAGAGAGAGUGAGAGAGAGAGAGCGAGCGAGAACGAGAGAGCAGGCGAGCGAGAGCGAGAGAGUAGAGAGUGAGAGAAGAGCCUUACUCAUUAAGCAGAAAACCAAGUUCAGCUCAGCACACACACGCACGCACGCAGAAAGAAGUGGAGGCUGGUGACGGGUUCUGGUGACGCGCUUGGCUAUGGCUCAGGGCUCUGACAGUAACGACACAAGUUUCACGAGGUCUCCAUCUCCAAACAGCAGGCAGGACUCUUCGGAUGAUGUGAAGAAGGUGAUGAGGAGGGAAAAGAAUCGUAUUGCUGCCCAGAAGAGCCGGAUGAGGCAGACACAGAAGGCUGACAGCUUGCACUUGGAGAGUGAGAACCUUGAAAAAGAAAAUGCUGCCUUGAGGAAAGAGGUGAAGCAGCUGACGGAGGAGGCCAAAUACUUGUCAUCUGUUCUGAGCAGUCACGAGCCUCUGUGUUCUAUGAUGGGUCCACAGUCCUCUGACAUCCUCUACUCUCCACAUCAUGGGGCCUUCCACCAACCACACAUGGCCUCACGCUACCAGCACUGACCACCGGGGGAGCUGCUGCCAACAAAGAGUGCGGUGAAGGUGGACAAUCUCCUUAUAAGGGGCACAUGGGUUUUCAUUACAGGGGGAAACGGUCUCACAUGUGUACAUGUUUAACAGAAGUAAACAGCCAUUGUUGAUUACUCUCAGAUUUCAUCGGUGCCAAGUGGAGCUGGAGAUCAAAAUAGUUUUAAAGGGAAUGACAAUCCAUAAUGUUAGACAAACUGACAAACACAACCAUUGCCAAUGUCCUUUGGUUGGUAAAGAUGGUAAACAUCAACUCAGCACAGCUGGCUGAUGGGAUAAAAUGGGUAAAAGUGUCCUUUUGAAUGUGUCUUUUAUGCGUGACCAUUUCAGUUUUUGGCAAAUGGAUCAAUUGGUGGCACAGGACAGCAAUUGUUUUACUGUAAACGUGUUUCUUAUUUAGAAACAAAAUCUUAAAUAUUAGAUUUCCUAGAACUGUAGGUCUAGGUUCCUUUUGACCUAUGUGUUGAUUUGUUUUAUUUUAAAAUGUAUUAUUUAUUUCAAGAGUGAUAGAUUUGAUGAAUAUUUUCUAAAUAUCUUGACUUGUCUUGCCUUUCCGUUAUACUUCCAGUUGAGUCGAUGAAAUUAGUUUACUUAUUCUUUAAGAGUGAUAACUCACAACAUUUACAGUGUUAAUGGUAGAGAAGUGUUUUGUGGAUAUUCAUUUGAACAUUUAUUCUGUUUGGUGCAGUUGGAACAAAGACAUCCUUCAUGAUUGCAUUCAUCAUAAAAGAAUGUUUUAUAGUAAAUAUUAUAAUGUCCUAAAUACCUCAAGAUUUUAGUACAAAUCAACUGAAAAUGUUUUGAAUGUUUUAAAAUUAAAUUGCCGAGUGAGAAUGUAGUUUGUAUAAUUUAGUAGGAAAUUUUGAAAAUUGUUAUGGGUACUCAAAUACAAAUACACCAGUUCAAAUCCUGCGAUUUAAUUUGCAAGCAGUUUACACUGUAUUCUUUAUACCAUAUCCCAUAGGUAUUUGGGUUGAAAGAACUAUGCUCAGUAAUUGACAAAUUAACAGGAUCCAUUGACAUGAGAUUACCUGUCUGUUAUUGACACAUCUAUGAAGUACAAGUCAGGCAGUGGGUCAUCUUCAGCCCAAUGAACUGCAGCUCUCUUUCCUGAAAAUUGAUCGAAAUUUUAUAAAAUUAUAUGAGCAGUGCAAACCUACUGAUUACCUGGCACACAAGUAGUUAUUGGAAACACCUAUUUAAAAUUUUAUAAUUCGUUUUUAAAUCCAUUAUUCAUCUGAAUUUAUUUAUGCAGUAACUGAGUUGCCUUCCCAAGCCCUCCAUAGAAAAUUGUGUUCUUCUACAGUGAGCCAUCUCAUGUCUUCUUCUCAAGGAUAUCUUUUGAAGAACAAUGGCUGUGAUGCUUGAUUGAAGUUUCUUCAUGCGAUAACUUGUAGUCUAAUAUGCUACUUAGUGUCAUUUUUCUGGCCAGGAAAGACUGAAGUGUCCUUUUUAAAAAGCAGUAUUUAUUUCAGAUUUACCCUGUCUGACGGUAUCUCAGGAGAUAGAGGGUAAUAAUGAGUGGCUGUAAAACAUACUGGUGAUUUAAACAUUCUUAUAGAAACUCUUGUAACUGGAACUGGUUCAUUCAGAUAUAAACCAGAUACAACCAUUAUUAUAAAAUCCCAUGUGAACACCCAACUAGUGCACAUGUGAACUAUAAAAAUAAAGCUCACUGAUAAGGUGAGAGUGGAAAAAGGUGACCUAUGCUAUUUAUUUCAAGCCACAAGUUUUGUUUUCACAUGUUAAAAUUGUAGUUCACAUUUGAGUCAGUCACGCGGGAAAAUGUGAAUAUAGAUAAUUCACAUAUGAAGAUGCAAAUUUCACGUGACUUCGUGUGAUCUUUUUCCUUUUCACAUGUGGAAAUUUUCAUUCACAUGUGAAAAAGUCAAUUAUAUGUGAAAAUGUUAAAUUCACAUGUGAUUUUUUUUGUAAGGAAAGGUCAGCCAUUUAUUUCAUAUCACCACAGCAGAGAUGACUGUAUUAUAUCUUGAAUGUCUAAUUAAAAGAAAAUAAUCUUGAAAAAAAAAAAAUGUAUGUACUGUUUUUAUUAUUAUGGUUUUUUUUUUGGUUUACCAUUAGAUAAGUUGCUUCGACAAUGGAGUCGAGAUGAUGUGGAAUUGAUUGUCCGUUACUGUAUAUAUAGGCUAUCUGUCCAUCUGUCUGCGAACAGAAUAACUAGGAAUAUGUAUACAUUUGAAUGCCAUUUCAUUAAAUGAUUGCUACGGGAUAGUGACGGAAUAAGUGAAGUCAUGCAAUAGAGGUCAUGCCAUAUAUAUUUUUUUUGUUUACGUCCCCGGUUAUCUCGAUGUUAGGACUCUCGACGUUUUCUCUUGAUUUUCACGGCCAUUUUUAUUUGGUAUUCUCGACAUAAUAUACGUUUUCUUCUGAUUAUAUUAUCUCCUGAUGAUAUUCAUAUUAAUAAUACUUCAAAGUGUCUACCUGAAAUUCAGUCCCUGCUUUCUUCCUGAAUCAGUUCCUUGUCAAUGUAAACAUCAAAGAUGUCUAGGCUACUGUUAACGUAACACGAUUUUUGAGUCAGUCCCAGGUCAAAGUAAGAUUGAAGGCGUUCAUCUAUCGGUGGCAACAUCGUCAGUCCGUCACACACAGGAUGUAUAUCCGAAUACUGUGUGACGCACUAGUAAUGGUUGCCUUUUAUUAUGUCGAGAUCACGACCAAAACAUCUUUUGCUUCUACGUUAACUUAAAAAUGAGUAAUUCAGUCAUCUGUGUAUAAAACAUUAGCACGCGGUACAAUAGGGGCGCUGUUUCCCCACCAGUAAGAGUGUCUGUUUGAAGGUAUUCUCGGAAAAUGAAUGUAUGUCAAUUGCUAGGGUGACAGGUCUUAGAAGCUUUGACAUUUCCGCCCAUCGUGUUUAUGCUUUAUAUAUUGUGAUGUAUCAAACUUCUGUUUUAUAGUUUCUGUUUUACUAUAAUUUUAACUGUAAUUUUGUAAUAAAAAAUUAAACCAGUG